UGCACAGUUUCCAUCUUUCUUUCAGUCAGACUAAACUAACGAUGUCUUUGAUUAAAAACUCUUGUCUAGAACCAGAAUCCAAAAGGGCAACAUUAAACUGCGGUCACUUCUUCGUCCGUUACGGAAUCUGCUGUAACUGCAGAUCGACGGUAGAUAGAGAGUACGGCCGAGCAUUCGACUAUCUCGUCCAUGGUUUACAAUUAAGCCACAAAGCCGUUGCGGUUACAAAGAGCCUUACUACACAAUUGGCUUGUCUUAACGAGAGAAAGCUUCAUCUAGUCCUUGACUUGGACCACACGCUUCUCCAUUCUGUUAUUGUUUCACGACUUUCCGAAGGAGAGAAGUAUCUGUUGGGAGAAUCAGAUUUAAGGGAAGAUCUUUGGACACUCAACAGAGAGAUGUUGAUUAAACUUCGACCUUUUGUUCACGAGUUUCUGAGAGAAGCCAACGAGAUUUUCUGCAUGUAUGUCUACACGAUGGGGAAUCGUGACUACGCUCAGGCUGUGUUGAAGUUGAUUGAUCCGAAGAAAGUAUACUUUGGGGAUAGAGUCAUAACAAGAGACGAGAGUGGUUUUUCGAAGACGCUUGAUCUUGUGUUGGCUGAUGAGUGUGGAGUUGUGAUUGUGGAUGACACUCGUCAUGUUUGGCCUGAUCAUGAGAAGAAUCUGCUGCAGAUCACCAAGUACAGUUAUUUCAGAGAUUAUAAUCAGGAGGAGUCAAAAUCUUACGCAGAGGAGAAGAGGGACGAGAGUAGGAGCCAGGGAUCAUUAGCGAAUGUUUUGAAAGUUCUCAAGGAAAUUCACCAAGAAUUCUUCAGCGGCGGAAUUGAGAAAUUAGAUUCAAAGGACGUGAGGCUGUUGCUACAGGAACAACACAUAGCAAUUUAAAUCAAUAUUUGCUCCCAAAACAUAAGCCAUCAUAAACAAAUUUCCCCUUU